CAUUGAUCGACCGUUGUCUUUUUUUAGACAAUUUUCCUUUCUCCUGCUUUCCUUUUUUUUUUACAGUCGACUUUCAUUUUCAAAGGCUAUCCAGGCAAUGUUGGUCAUCUCGUCAACACAGCGUAAGCCUGUAUUUCUGACCCUCGCGUUCCUUUUCUUAUUACUGUGCCUAUACUUUUCACCCUUACGAUACCUGAAUGCGGAAAAUGGAACAGCCGAGGAUGCCACAAUCAGUUUCCGCAAUUCGGAUAAUGCACAACGAGUCAUUUUCGAUCUCGAACAUCAAGACGAGAAUCUCCGGCCAUGGGAGAACGGCACUCGUGCCAACGCUGCCUUUGUUAUUUUGACUCGAAAUUCGGAACUUGACGCCCUGCGCAAGACAAUGCAGCAACUUGAGGAACGAUUCAACAAAAAGUUCAACUACCCCUAUGUUUUCUUGAACGACGAGGAGUUUACGUUGGAGUUCCGUGAAUUGACAGCAGGUCUUACGUCUGCAAAGACGCAAUACGGCGUCAUUCCGAGAGAGCACUGGAGUUAUCCGGAUUGGAUUGAUGUGAAAAAGGCAGAUGAGGCACGACGUCGUAUGGGUGAAGAGGGUAUCAUUUACGGUGACAACUUGUCCUACCGACACAUGUGCAGAUUCGAAAGCGGUUUCUUUUACCGUCAUCCAUUGAUGCAGCAAUACGAUUACUACUGGCGUGUUGAGCCCAGUGUCGAGUUUUACUGCGACAUUGACUAUGACCCCUUUAUAUAUAUGCAAGAGAACAACAAAAAAUAUGGCUGGACCAUUUCUCUUCUCGAAUAUGCAAGCACAAUUCCGACCUUGUGGGAUACGACCAAAGCUUUCAUGAAGGAGCAUGCCGAUCUCAUACCCAAAAACAAUUUGCUUCGGUUCGUUUCUGAAAACGGUGGAGAGACGUACAAUCUGUGCCAUUUCUGGAGCAACUUUGAAAUUGGCGAUCUCAACUUUCUGCGAGGCCCUGAGUAUUCUGCUUACUUUGACUACCUCGACAAGGCUGGAGGCUUCUUUUAUGAAAGAUGGGGAGAUGCACCGGUUCACUCGAUCGCUGUAGCCAUGUUCCUGAACAAGGCUGAAGUCCAUUUCUUUGACGAUAUCGGUUAUCGCCACGAUCCGUUCAUGCACUGCCCCCUCGAUCGCAACGUACAAAAGAAAUGCCAUUGCAAUGUUGAUGAUAACUUUGAUUUCACAAUCUUUUCUUGCAUGAACAAAUGGCUUGCAGCUUAAUAAUCCCUCCAUUUCUCUCUUUCCUCCAUCCCUUGCUUUCCUUCUACCUCUUUCUUUUUUGUACUUUAAUUUGCCAUUUCUUCUUAGACCGUGAUACAUCUCUUCAUAAAACAUUCAUCCACAUGUGUAAAAACCUAUCUCAAUUGCUAAUCUUUGCUGUCCUUCUGUCAUGGUGAUCAAGUAAUGUUUCCGUAAUAAAGAAGGACACAGAUUCGAUUACAGGUCUUCUUCCUACAAAGAUGUAAUAUAAAACAGCGGUUCAAAUACGACGUCUACGUAUUUCACAU